UCCGAUGUAAUUAUAUGUACUUUUUUAUUGAUCAUUGACUACCACAGUGACUAUGAUCGUGACAAGUGUUUUUAAUUGGCCAGUACUUUUAAUAAUAAUAGGUGCUUUUUUAUUAAAUCUUUUUUUCAAAUAUUGUUGUAUGAGAUGUAACAGCAAUGUGUGCUUAGUGGGGAAGACGGCUGUAGUAACAGGAGGAAGUUUAGGAAUUGGACAUGAAAUAGUACUAUCACUACUGUCAAGGGGUUGUAAAGUUAUAGUAGCAGACAAAGUAAUCACUGAAAAUGUUAAAAAGUCUAUUAUCCAAAAAACAAAAAGCUCAAAUUUUGUGCUUGAGCUUGUAGACUUUGCAUCUUUCAAAUCUGUUAGGAAUUUUGUUGAGAAAUUAAAGAAAACUGAAGCAAAAAUUGAUAUAUUGGUAAAUAACGUUGGAAUAGGGAGAUGUGGUGAUGAUCCUACUGAGGAUGGUUUGAAUGUACUGAUGCAAAUAAAUUACUUCAGUCCAUUUUUGCUGACACAUUUACUCAUUGAUUUGUUGAAAAAAUCUGAAGAACCCAAGAUUCUUUUCACAGCAUCAUUUUUGUCGUUCUUUCCUGAGAAUUGUGUCAAAAGCAUAACAGACGAUAACAUCAUUAUAUCAAAUAACCCUACGGCCUAUCUUGCAUCAAAAUUUUUUACGGUUGUAGCUUCAGAUAUUUUUGCGAAAAAACUAAGGAAGCAUAACAUCAUGUGUAAUAGUUACCAUCCUGGGUUGAUCAUCAGGACUAAUAUUUUUAAGGAAUCAAGAAAAUAUGGUACUUUAAAUAUAUUGGAUGUUGUAGGAUUAUUUCUUUUGGAAGUAGGAGUUUUUAUUAUUGGACAGAGUCCAAGAGACGCCAGUCAAACUGCAGUGAAUGUAGUAGUUUCAGAAGAAUAUAAAAAUGUUACUGGAGAGUUUGUUGGUGUGACAAGUAUUAAGCCUUGGGGUUCACAUGACGAAGUACUUUCUAAUAAGAUAUGGAACGCCUCAGAAACAUUGGUAAAACUCCAACCGAAUGAAAAAUUAUAAUUUUUAUAGUUAUAAUUAUAGUUGCUGUCCAAAAUUGUUAUUUAUUUUACGAACUAAAAUGCCGAUAUCGA